CAGCCCCCUCGUCCACAUUCCCCUCCGACUGACCGACUGAGCAAAUGGCCUCAAGGAUCAGCAUCGCACGUCCGCAAGCCAACCACUACAACCCGGACCCCCACGGCCUCUCAAACUCCAGGCCCUCCUCAGGCUACAGAGCCGCCAACCCUGACGACCCGCUCGAGAAGCUGCAGGCAUUCAGCAGAGCGGUCGAGGACAAUGUCGAGAUUUACUCUCAGCCUUUGAAGCCCCAUCUUCCCACUAUCGGCCGCUUCUUGAUUGUGGUCACCUUUUUGGAGGAUGCAUUGCGAAUUCUGACCCAGUGGGGAGACCAGAUCUGGUAUCUGCAGCAACACCGACAUUUCCCUUGGGGCAUCUCCCAUAUGUUCUUAUUGAUUAACGUUAUUACCAUGUUGGUUGGCUCUGGCGCUGUCAUCACCAAACGAUACACGGAAUACGCAGUGGGCGGUCUCCUCGGUGUCGUCAUCAUUCAAGGAUUCGGCUACGGCCUCAUCUUUGACCUCAACUUCUUCCUCCGCAACCUCAGCGUUAUUGGCGGUCUCUUCAUGGUCUUCAGUGACUCCAUGGUGUCCCGCAAAUCCACCUUUGCUGGCUUGCCCUCUAUCACUGAAACCGACCGCAAGAAAUAUUUCCUUCUCGCCGGACGCGUCCUCCUCAUCUUCCUCUUCCUUGGAUUCAUCCUCCAAGGUCAAUGGAGUGUCAUGCGUGUCAUCGUCUCCGUUAUCGGCUUGGCGGCGUGCGUGAUGGUUGCUGUUGGUUUCAAGGCCAGGUGGUCGGCGGUCUUCCUCGUUCUGGUCCUCAGUAUCUUCAACGUCUUCGCCAACAACUGGUGGAGUGUCCACUCUGCACACCCCCAGCGCGAUUUCUUGAAGUACGAUUUCUUCCAAACGCUGUCCAUCGUGGGUGGACUUAUCCUCCUUGUGAACAUGGGUCCAGGUGGUCUCUCUGUCGACGAGAAGAAGAAGACCUUCUAAAAUUGUUUUUAUUCACCUCCUAUGCGAGCGAUGUUUUUGUUGUAGGGCCCUCCACUUGCAUUUUUAUUUAUCGAUUUGG